AUGAACCCCCAACCUCCCGACCCCGGUUCAUCGUCUUCUCCAUAUAGGCAGAGUUCACAGAGAGGAGGAGGUUAUCCUGAUGUUGCUUCAAAGCCUGCUUAUCCAGCAUGGACCGCUUCACCGUCUCAUCGAAAUCAUGAUAACCAAAAUCAAAAUCACAUACAAAAUCACAAUUCCAACAUUUAUCCACCAGCGCACUCCUCUCAAUCACCUCGCAAUGUUCUACAACAAAUACCGUCUCGAGAACGUUUGACCAGCUCAACGUCUAAUUCGUCACUCAGCUCGACAUUGAAGGGGAAGAGAGCUCCAGCGCCAGCAGCGUUAGACUUGAGUUCCAGGAGAGAAGAAAAGUAUGGUGGUCUUGGGUUAGGAUUUGGUCAUACUACAGACACUCGCAGAGCUCGACGAGCAUCUCGUCCACUACCCCAACCUCCAUCCAACUCACAUCUUGCACCUUCCACAUUUACGACUCCCAUCAUUCAACAAAUACCUUCUAGACAAUCAAGUCUUGCUGUAGAUAAUGAAGCACGCAUGUCCCCUGAACAGCCAGACCCUUCUCAUAUAGACAGAAGAGCCCUUAUAGGAGUUGGCGAGCUGGCUACUCCAAGGUGGGGCGCUUCCAAUUCACAUCAACAUCUUCGCACACCCAGUAUGCCUUUUACUCUCGGUAGUACACCACCUAUGCCUCAACGUUCAAUGAAUGACUGGUUGCAAGGUCGAGAGGGUGUAGGAUUAGGACUUGAGGACAAAGUAAGGCCUAGCUCAAUGUCACAAACACCACCUCGUAGUCACCCCGGUAAACCACCGGCAAGAGAAAGAAAAGAGGUAUUCACAGCCCCUCCUGCAACUUCAUCUAAAAAAGAAGAUUCUACUUUCUCAUUGGACACUCUGGCAGAUUUCAAUUUUGAUACAACGAUGGAAACGACUCUCGCAGCUUCGCUCUCCAUGCCAGAUAUCCAGGAGACUCAUCCUGUUCAGAAUCCUUUACCAAUGUCACCUGCUUCAUCGGUUUCACCUGGAAGUGCCAGAUCUCGGAUCUACGCUCGUCGUCAAGAACGCGCAGCUGCAUCAAGUCAUCCCCCACUUCAGCCUUUUAGUUCCGCCAAUUCUCAAGCGUUCCCCAAUCGUCCAAAUUUACCUCAACCACCUACAUCGGCUGACUCUCAAACAUUCGCUCAUCGCGCUGGCCGUGAUAGCAGGAAGACACCGCCAAACACUUCGAGACAUAGCAGUUCCCAUGAUAUCAUCAAACAAUUCGCCGUCAAAGACUUCUCCCAUCUACCUCCAAGCCCGUCUACCGCUUCAAUAAACCAGAUCUUGAAAGGAUCUGCUUCGGUGAACAAUUUCGCAUCGUCCAGCACUCCACCCUCCAGUGCUUCCGGCACGGUUUCACAAUUUGGUGCUAAACCUCCUCAACGUUCUGAUUCCCAACGUCUGAGAUCUCAACCUUCGAAUCCCAAAUUAGACGCGGGUACUGAGGAAGCCAUGCGAAAAUUAGACGGAAUUUCGACAACACCUGGCAAAUCAAAGUCAAAGAAAUCAUCAACAUCAACAGUCACAUCAAGACCGGGUACUCCUCCAAGUUCCAAGAGCAAAAAGAUUCCUUCUAAACUUAGUAGCGGAAGUCUGAAAAGCUCCGAAUCCCCUCUGAAUAAUUGGAUUGAUAUAGGAGAAGAAUUACCAGCAGUCCCCGCACCUCGAGCUAAGAGUGUUAAAAGAGAGUCAUCCUCAUCAGCAAGCUUCAUUGGUACUCCUACCUCUCGCGAUUCGCACUCACUACCAACGACAUCCACUACUCCCUCAAUAACCGAUGGCGCACAGAAAGCUAGACGUGCAAGCGGCGGUAGCGAUAUUUCGACGCCUAGCAUAACUGUGGGAGACUCUUCCGAUCAAGACAGGGACGUUUCGGUUCCUCCUGUUCCACCUUUACCAAAAAGCUACAUCUCAAUGCGACAAGGUAUGAAUGUGAACAAUUUUGCACCAAUCAGAGAGCCACCAUCGUCACCGCUGCUAUCGCCAGCGGCACCAUCUCCAGGAACGCCUCAAGAAGUCACAUCUCCCAUAACGUACCCAGCGCCUAAGAUGAACAAGAAAUGGUCUUUCUCCUCCGCGUUAAACCUCAAAGCACAUUCUCCUUCUACCGAAGAGCUUCCGCGAAGCCCUCAGACCCCUUGGUCAGAGAUUCAGCAAAGUGAACUUCCUUCUCCUGGCCUCAAUCGACGGGAAUCGGAUGAUUCACACUAUCUGGCUACAUCUAAACCUGCGGCUAAACGUCUUACACCGUCAUCCAUACCCUUCUUCCGACGCACUUCCUCAUCCUCCACUCAACAAAAGGUGACUCCACCCGAGACGCCUAAACAAACCGAGAGUCGUCCAGCACCUGCAUCUCAAUCGCGAAAAUCAGUGCUCGGUAUGCACCUUCCCUCUAUGUUGCGAGGAAGCACAUCGAAGAGAGGUAUAUCCCAGCAGUUCAGUGCUCCGAGUAAGCCUGAGACGUUAUCUAUAUCCGCCGAUCCAUCUAAACCGUUUCUGCCUCCAGAUCUACUCAAACACAAACCUUCGGCAGAAGGUUCACUUAACAGUCGAUCUUCGGCCGCCUCCAAUGCCAGCGAAUCUACCAUCAACGGUCAAGAAAGGCGACUUCCUGCGAUUGUCGGAUCCCCUGCUAGACCUGCGGACAUGCAACCCUCCAGCUCAUCUAGAGAUUUGCCUUCCGUCACUCCAACUAAAAUCCCUCGGAUCGCCAACCGAUCGGGUGUUGGAUCGCCGGCCACUUCUAUGCCACCUCCAGCUAUGCCUUCACUCCGAGGCAAGACAGUGAGCUCCAGCAUGGCUGAUCUCAGCAAACCUCCCAUAUCUGAAUUUGGCGUCGUGGAAGGUGCUGCGGCACCCAGACAAACGACCUCGAGUGCUCAUAGAGCUCAUCUCCUAGCACCAAUGUCGACUCGUCAGGAGACAAGAAGAACAGCUUUCAAUCGACCUUCAGAUCCACCCGUCCGCAGAGACAUGGGACCACCCUCGCGAAGACAGCUACCUCAACCUCCUUCAUCAAUCACGGCUCCGACGUUAUCUUCCAGUGCCAAGCGUACAUCUCGAGAGUUCAGGGUCACACGCAAAGAUUCAAGGGACACAUUGCAAGAUGGUGGUUCGUCCGGAAAAACCUCUCCUAUCAAACCAUCCAAGUCUCUUCAUGCAAAAUUAUCCAUACCGAGUACGUCAAGAAUGUCAUCGUCCUCGUCCGUUGGUGCUCCAGGUACCAGUUUCCGAAAAUCAUCACUUGCUGCCGAUUCUCCUUCGUCCAGUCCUGGGGAUGAUGAAGAGUCUCUCGCCGACGCUGAGAUGGUAGCGUAUGUCAAACGUCGACGACAGCGUGCUGCUGCAGGAAAGAAGGACGAUAUGGCGGAUGUGAACGAAUUCCCCCGAGACACUUUGCCAGCCGAACCAAUGUCUCAACGAGCAUUUUUCACCCAAUUCUUACCGGAUAUGACUGAUUUCGAGAGGAAAGAAGUACUAGACUUUGACAGAAUCUAUUAUACGCCACUUCCAAAGAAGAUCACACGACCUGUCCAACCCAAUGGUGCAAUCUACAAUCACGGUUAUGACGACGAGAGAGGUGAUUACCUCGUUGUUGAAGGCGAUCAUCUGUGUUAUCGUUACGAAGUGGUGGGAAUCCUAGGAAAGGGUAGUUUCGGGCAGGUGGUACAAUGUAGAGAUCAUAAGACGGGUGGAUCAGUGGCAGUCAAAAUCAUCAGAAAUAAGAAACGAUUCCACUCUCAAGCAUUAGUAGAAGUCAAAAUCCUUGAACAAUUGGUGGAAUGGGAUCCGGAAGACAAACAUUUCAUGGUUCGAAUGACGGAUAGUUUCUCAUUCCGAAACCAUCUGUGUAUUAUAACGGAACUAUUGAGUAUCAACCUGUACGAAUUGAUCAAAGCGAAUCAAUUCGCCGGCUUCUCAACAGUUCUGAUACGGAGAUUCACAACUCAAAUGCUUGCGUCACUCCAGCUCAUGAGAUCUCAUAGAAUCGUUCAUUGUGAUUUGAAGCCAGAAAAUAUCCUACUCUGUCAUCCUGCAAAGAGCGGUAUCAAAGUGAUCGAUUUUGGCAGUAGUUGUCUGGAGACUGAAAAGGGUAAGUUCAAUCGAUUGUUGUACACUGCUAAUAGUUCAGUGUACACGUACAUUCAAUCUCGAUUCUACCGAAGUCCUGAAGUUAUACUAGGAAUGAAUUAUGCUAUGGCAAUCGAUAUGUGGAGUUUAGGUUGUAUUCUUGCUGAAUUAUAUACUGGAGUACCCAUCUUCCCCGGAGAAAAUGAACACGAACAAUUGGCAUGUAUAAUGGAAGUUCUGGGAGUGCCUGAUAGGUAUUUAGUGGAAAAAGCGUCUAGGAGAAAGCUGUUUUUUGAUGCUACCGGAUCACCUCGACCAUUCGUCAAUGCAAAAGGAAGAAGGAGAAGACCAGGAACCAAAACGUUAUCAUCCGUUUUGAAGUGUGACGAUGAUUUGUUCAUCGAUUUCAUUUCGAAAUGUUUAACUUGGGACCCUGAUAAGAGAUUGAAACCACAACCUGCAAUGAGACAUCCAUGGAUAUUAUCAGGUAGAAAAAGAUAUAUACCUACUACCACGACCGCUACAAUAAGCAAUGGUAGUAGUAGCAGGGAUGAGAGACGACAAAGUGAUAUUAAUUCAAGUGGACAUAGCAGAACAAGUUCGACAUUGAAUAUGAAAGAUAAAACAAAAUCUCUGUUAAUAUCAACACCGACUCCUUUAAUGGCAAGGCAACAUUCAUCAUCAAAUCAAAUCCCACAAUCAUUACCGCGGGUCGGUCAAUCGAAUAAUCAUACUUCAAGAUUGUCCCAUCAGACUAGAAGUUCUUUUACGACCGCAUCGAAAAUUAGCAUAGGAUGA